AUGAUUAUCGCGAAUGUGCAGAGGCGGUUGCUGGCUGCGGUUGCGCGGCCGAACGGCCGUGCCUUCUCCUCGCUGCGAGGCACACCUCAGAGCAGGGGGAUUUUCAAAAACGUGACCCGUAGCGCGGUCGUCUGCGGCUGCGCCGCCGUGGGUGUCUACGCGCUCUUCGACGCGAAGCGUUCCAGACAGCGAGCCAUCGUCCAGGAAGAGCGCUACGGGAAGCCGCAGCUCGGCGGUCCUUUUACGCUAACCGACCAGACUGGGAAGGAACGGUCGUUGUCAGACUUCCGCGGGAAGCUGGUGCUAUUGUACUUCGACCCAGGUGACGGAGAUUCUCGGUUAGACAUUAAGGACGCUGAAUCGUUAAAUGCGCUUGCAGAAAAACGCUUCGGCAACGUUGUGCAACCGUUGUUCAUCACUGUGGACCCCAAGCGCGACUCCGUGGAGAAGCUGGCGGAGUACGCCAAGGAGUACCACCCGAGGCUGGUCGCGUUGACAGGCACACAUGAAUCGAUCCGGGACGUGGCUAAGAAGUUCAGGGUGUACUACAACCAAGGCAUCACCGCCACCGAGCAGGACUACAUGAUCGACCACUCCAUCAUCCACUACCUGCUCGACGAGAACGGCGAAUUCCUCGAGUUCUACGGCAAAAACGCCAACGUGAAGGAAAUUGCCGACGACAUCGCAAAAAUAGUGCAAAAGCGCAAACUCAAACCUUAA